AUGAACCGUCAGCUAGUGAAAAUUUUGACAACCUUGUUUGCAUUUUUCUUAGAGACAAACCACUUCAGGACGACUUUCUGUAAAGAACAUGAUUCAAGAUCUGGAAAAUCCCCCUCACAGACCCUGUCUCCUUCAGAUUUUUUGGACAAAUUGAUGGGAAGGACAUCGGGGUAUGAUGCUAGAAUCAGACCAAAUUUUAAAGGUCCUCCAGUAAACGUUACUUGCAAUAUUUUUAUCAACAGUUUUGGAUCAGUCACAGAAACUACAAUGGACUACAGAGUGAACAUUUUUUUGAGACAGCAGUGGAACGACUCACGUCUAGCUUACAGUGAAUAUCCUGAUGAUUCCCUGGAUUUGGAUCCCUCUAUGUUGGACUCUAUUUGGAAGCCAGAUUUAUUCUUUGCCAAUGAGAAGGGAGCAAACUUCCAUGAUGUCACGACAGACAACAAGUUGCUGAGGAUUUCUAAAACUGGAAAAGUAUUGUACAGCAUCAGGUAA